AUGGAGUGCAGGUUUGUUAGAGAAGUCGUCAAGGCGGCUUCGCAGGAAGACGAGCAAUUGUGUGAGAGGCAGCUUCUUUCCCUCCACCUCCUCGUCGAGAAAUGGAAGGCCGAACGAUCGAGAUGGUGGAGGUUCAUCCGAUCCAUCCCUCCCAGCUACGACACUCUGGAGAACUGGAGUGAGCAGAGCGUGGCGCGACUGCAGUACAAGCCCUUCCUUGCUAUCGCAGCUCGUCGCAAGCGAGUUGUCAACGACGAAUUCUCGCAGCUACAAAGGCUCCUGUCACGUUGCAAGAAGCGUUCAUGGAACGAGCCGGAGGCCGCUGAGGAAGCUGAGAGGAUCCAGCUCGGUUUCAGUAGCUUUUCAAGGGAGGACUACCUGUGGGCAGCAGGGACGGUAAGUACAAGGAGCUGCCACUACGAGAGGAAGAGCGGGUACAGCCUACGAGGAGAGACGGUCGGAUGCCUUGUUCCUGUCCUCGACUUCCUCAAUCAUUCCACUGCCCCCGUUGCCGCAUGUGGCUUCUGUAAGGACGCCAUGGUCUACCGUGUCACCUGCUUGCGUUCCUACGAGGAGGGCGAGCAGGUGAUGAUUCACUACGGCAAUUGGAGCAACGCAGGGCUCUUGGAGCACUAUGGCUUCGUCCUAGAGGACAACCCGCUCGACUCCUGCAUGCUAUGGCUGCGUCAUCCUCCCAACCCACCUGAGCACUUGAUCGCUACCCCUACCCUCAAGUCCGAGUUUCGUCGCAUGCAGGAUAUGAUCAUCAGCUUCGGAAAGGAGGUAGAAGAGGAUGGGACGAACUCCCGCGCUCCAAGAAUGGGUGAAACGAAAGCAGCAUCAUGGCUGGAAUUCGAACUGUACGCAGGGGACGAAGGGGCACCAGCGGAGUUGUCGUGGAACAUCUUGACCUUCCUUCGAUGGUCGGCGUAUCUCGCGAACGGAAUUUAUGAUGCCUCCUUCUUCGACAAACUGCUCGAGGCUGACGAAGACUCACCGGUUUCACUACAGAACGAGACGGAGGCGCUGCAGAUGCUAGAGAAAUCUUUGCAGAAUGUCUUGUCUACCCUUGCAAUUACCGAUGGAGACGAAGCCAACAAGUGUGGCAACGAUCAUGAUCGGAUCGCAGUCACACUGAAAAAGCAAGCAGGGAAAAUAAUUAUGAAACACAUGUCAUGGUUGCGUCUACGUCACAUUGAGCUAGAAAAUGAGAAACAGAAAGAUUGCAAAUGA